AUGGCCAGCUCGCAAUGCCUGCGCCUCAGGCCGCUCGCUUCAGGGCUCGUCCGGCCUUCUGCAAAGCUUAGCGCUCAACAUGUGACCAGACUUCCCAUGAUCGCAGCACGAUACAAGUCAGGUCCUUACGGCUACACACAAGCAAAGGCCCUCGUAUUCUCAAAGCCUGGAGAACCCUCUGAUGUUCUUAGCCUACAUACUCACUCUAUCUCGCCAUCCAUCCCCUCAAACUCGGUUCUAGUCCGAGCACUUGCCGCUCCCAUUAACCCCGCCGAUAUCAACACAGUUCAAGGCACUUAUGGCUCCAAGCCUCCUUUCACUUCCCUAAUUGGCACCUCCGAGCCCUCCGCCAUUCCCGGCAACGAAGGUGUUUUCGAGGUCGUUUCUGCCGGUUCAUCUUCCUCGUCGCUACAGAAAGGCGAUUGGGUUAUUCCUGCCAUCGGACAGUUCGGCACUUGGAGGACACACGCUGUUGAUGAGGCCGAAAAGUUCAUCAAGAUUGAUAAAGAGGGUCUGACCCCUACACAGGUUGCUACUGUUAGUGUCAACCCAUGUACUGCCUACCGGAUCUUACGACACUACGGACCCAAUGCUGGUCUCCAAGCAGGCCUGGGCAUGCGCCCUCUCGAAGUCGGAAGCGGACAGUGGUUCAUCCAGAAUGGUGCCAACUCGGGCGUUGGUCGGGCCGCUAUCCAGUUCGGAAAGCUCUGGGGUUUGAGGAGCAUCAACGUUAUUCGUGAUCGUGAUACUCCUGAGGCAACUGAGGCUCUCAAGAAGGAGCUUCUUGAUCUUGGCGCAGAUGUCGUUGUCACUGAAUCUCAGUUCCUUUCCCGUGAGUGGAGGGACCAGCUUGCUGAAAUCACCCGCAAGGGCCGCGAAGAGAUUGGACUCGGUCUCAACUGCGUUGGAGGCAAGUCAGCUACCGCCGUCGCCCGAUCUCUUGGCAGCGGUGCAACUCUGGUCUCAUACGGCGGUAUGGCCAAGCAGCCCGUCCAACUCCCCCUUGGUCUCCUGAUUUUCAAGGACAUCCGUUUCACUGGUUUCUGGCUGAGCCGAUUGAACGAGCAGGAUCCUACUGGCAGAAGACACGCGAUCAAUGAUAUCCUCCAAAUCAUCCGUUCAGGUCAGUUCCGCGACGUCCCUAUCGAGGAGGUCAAGUGGGACUGGGAUACAGAGGAAGAGACUUUGCGCAAUGCUGUGCAGCAGGGUCUUCAAGGAUUCCGCAAAGGCAAGGGAGUCUUCACUUUCGGUGAGACAUAA